AUAAAACUGAAAUAAAAUAAAAUCCAAUCCAAUUAGAACAACCUUAGCUCGUACUUGCCUGCGCUCCAUAAACAAGAGAAAGAGAGAGAGAGAGCUUAAAAUCAUGGGUUCUGCGUCUCUGAUCAAUCCGCUGACAUCAUCUCUCUGCGUCCCCAAGUCAGAGCUGCUCACUGCUCCCAAACACUUGUGGGCGGUAGGCCCCAACUCCACCUCCACCUCCAACUGCUCGGCGCUGACUCUGAGCCUGAGGUCCAGCAAGAGCCUGAGCUUUCAUCAGAGAGGGUCUGUCGUGUGCAAGGCAGUGUCUGUGAAGCCGGAGACCGCAGUUGAGGGUCUCAACAUUGCCGAAGAUGUUACUCAGCUUAUUGGGAAAACUCCGAUGGUAUACCUGAAUAAGAUUAUAAAGGGGUCUGUUGCAAACAUUGCUGCAAAGCUUGAGAUUAUGGAGCCAUGUUGCAGUGUCAAGGACAGGAUAGGUUACAGCAUGAUAACUGAUGCUGAGCAGCGAGGACUUAUAAAGCCUGGCCAGAGUGUUCUGGUGGAACCGACAAGUGGAAACACGGGCAUUGGCCUUGCAUUUAUUGCAGCCAGUAAAGGAUAUAAACUCAUCUUGACAAUGCCAGCUUCAAUGAGCUUGGAAAGAAGGGUUCUUUUAAAGGCAUUUGGAGCUGAGCUUGUCUUGACCAACUCAGCAAAGGGCAUGAAGGGAGCAGUUCAGAAAGCUGAAGAAAUAUUGAAAAGUACACCCAAUGCAUACAUGCUUCAACAGUUUGACAAUCCAGCUAAUCCUAAGGUACACUAUGAGACAACUGGUCCAGAGAUCUGGGAAGAUACAAAAGGCAAGGUGGAUAUAUUUGUUGGAGGAAUUGGAACUGGCGGAACCAUUUCUGGGGUUGGGCGGUUCCUUAAAGAGAAAAAUCCUAGAAUAAAGAUCAUUGGUGUAGAGCCAACAGAAAGCAAUAUCCUUUCAGGGGGAAAACCUGGUCCCCACAAAAUUCAAGGGAUUGGAGCUGGAUUUAUACCUGGAAAUUUGCACCAGGAUGUAGUUGAUGAAAUUAUAGAGAUCUCAAGUGAUGAAGCUGUUGAAACUGCAAAGCAAUUAGCACUUCAGGAAGGCUUGUUGGUUGGCAUAUCUUCAGGAGCAGCAGCUGCUGCUGCUCUCAAGGUUGGUAAGAGGCCUGAAAAUGCAGGGAAGCUUAUCACGGUGGUGUUUCCAAGCUUUGGGGAGCGAUAUCUCUCCACUGUUCUUUUCCAGUCAAUUAGAGAAGAAUGUGAGAAGAUGCAACCUGAAUCAUGAACUUCCCUUGUUCAAGCAAUUUAUUUAUGAUGAUGAUGCAAAUUAUUUUUCGUGCAAUUUUGUUUUUCCUUAUCAUCAUCCAUACAGUUUUUGAAUUUUUAGCAUCUCCUCUGAGUCCCUUAGAUUGGAUGAUGGUAUAAGAUUCUCUUCCGUGACAAAAUUUUAGUGAAAAAAUUGUCGCUUGAGUAAAUACGUCUUUUUACCUGUCCAAAUCUAGCUAUUGUUUUAUGGAUCCUAUGGUGUACAAUAUUUCACCUUGGAAACCAAUUUCAAAGGCCAAAAUUUGAUAGUGGAGCGGAUAUUUAUUAUUGAUUUUGGUUUCUAUUUGAUUG